AUGGACGGCAUACUAUCGCAAGAAGAGGGCAUACUGUCGCAGGAAGAGGGCACGCUGUUGCAGGAGCCAUCGCCUGUGUCAUCACCCGAGCCAUCGCAGUUACCAUCUCAGGCCGACCUUCUCCCUCAAGACACCACACCUCCACCAUCGACUAAAGUACCAACCACGGAGGGAGACGCAGCAACAACAACAGAACCAACAACUUCAGCAGAAACAGCAACAAUAACAGAGACUGAAUCAGCUAAGGUAGCCAUUACCUUAGAAACAAUAGCAACAACAACAACAACAACAACAGCAACGGAAUCUGUUCAGGAGCGAUCCUCAGAGAAUGAACAACAGGGAUCCAUCCCUCAGAAACGACCUGUGCCCAAGGACGACGAGUCUGCCUCUUCGGGCGAGGAUUCAUCACCUGCUGCGACAGAAUCUAAUCAAGAGGACAACGACAACGCUCAUGCCCGUGCAGAUUCGCCCCCUUCGCCCAAGAAGAGAAGAAUAUCGCUUCCAGGGAGGUCAAUUCUCAAGUCUGCUGGCGCUGACGACGAGGAUUUAACAGGAAACCAGGAGACUCCAGAUCAUACGGGCACGAUUGACAAUGGGGAAUUAUCGGGAGUCGAUAUUACAGAGACAUUCUCGUCCACAACCGAGUUCCUGAAGCGAAGCCGAAAGUCAAUUGGAAGACGCGUCAGUUUCGCAGCAACUGCCAGAAUCAGGAUGUUUGAGCGUGACGACAAGGAAGACGAGCACGCAAAGACGAUGAGUUUCCUUGAAGGGAACAAAGUAACGGUCAACCCAAACAACAUUCCUUUCACAUUCCAGAGCAGCAGCCAGGAUAAUGAUACCAACCACACUGCCAGCUCCAUGGAAAGCAGUGACCCCAUCCAAGAUAAGCAGGAAGACGAAAAUACUCAAAACUCGCAAACCUCACACGGAAGCAGCGACUCUGAGAAAGAGCGCAGUUUUGAGGUCAAUGUCGCCCAUGGAUUUUCCGACACUACUUCAGGAAGUUCAGAGGCAAAUAAUGGCCUGUAUUUGCAGUCCUUGCUCCCCGCGGAAGGAUUGGGCAAUUUCGAUGACAUGGGGCACUCGAGCGACAGCAGCAGCGAUGACGAUAUCAACUACUUUCCGGAUGCACACCUUAUGAAGCGGUCUUCUGGAGUCGGGAUCUUUGAAGGCGAUCAGGACGCCGAUCUUGGUCCCCAAUUUGAGAUUGGUCAGUCGAGCCAAAGUCCUUUUUCUCAGCAACUGGACCACCUUGAUGAUGGGACGGGUGACAUGUCACUUGUGAGCGAGGACUACAGUAUGGACUUCAAGUUCCAAAAGCACAGAUCUUCUCUUCCAGGGAGGCAACCAACACCAUUCGGUGGAGAUAACAAGGCCGAGGAUUCGACUGCAGAUUUCUCCAACAACCUGCAACUACUUGCCGCGCAUGCUGCAUCCUCUUCCGCCGCGCCUUUGCAAGAACUUACUGAUCUCGAAUCUGUGACCGACAUCGUGAAUGAAGCUAUGAUGGCAAAUGCCAGGCAGAGUCUCGAUAUGCUGGACGAGCAGAUUCCAGGCGAUGAGGACACAGACAUGGAUAUCACAGCUCCAAUCGGGACAGGGAUUCAGGACCUUGCGCACGAGAUGCCCCCAAUGGCAUUUCAUACUGCCGAGGACCAUACCGCCAUGUUCUCCGAGUUUGGGAGCCAGAUGGAUAUGACGCAGACCAUCGGUGUUGGUAUUGUGGAAGCCGACUUGGUUGCGCCAUCUACUCAGGACGACACCGCAUCGCAACUUGGAACUCCCAUGGAUAUGACACAGCCUAUUGGUGGUAUUUUGGAGGCUGUCCAGAUUGCGACCUCUACCCAAGAAGACAGGGCACCACAAGCCGAGAAAACUAAGGAUGCCGAAAGUAUCAUUGAUAUUAAUGCACAGCAAGCGCCCACAACACCUCGCCGACAAAGCUUUAACAGCCGAGCUUCUCUACGUGCGAGCUUUGGGGCUACUGAAGUUCCCAAUGAACAGUCUCAAACAGGAUCUGAACAGCAUGAGGAAGAACGCCGACAACCGCCAUUUAACGAGCCAGGGGAAUUUCCUGCGACGACCAAUCUUGCCAAAAAGAUUGACCGCUUCUCUGUCGGCGAGCCAUCUGGGUCGGCCAGCGGGCUCCAGGAAGACGAUACAUACAACACUAUGGACUUUUUACGCGAACAGCGCGCUCGGAGGGCGAUCGCGGGUGCCUCAAUGGAUGGCGGUGAUAUUUCACGGGAUAACACCAACGACUUUACCAACGAUUUUACCAACGAUCACUCCAUGGGUGCACCUGAGCCGGACGCAGCCGAUGUGUCGUACGAUACUGGGGGAGAUGAAGACUCUAUCUCGGAGUUACCGCCCAUCUCUUUGAGUCAGUUUCUAGGUCUUGUGGGAAUCUCCUUUCUGGACCAGCUCUACACGAGUACUCGUCGCAGAACCAUCCCUCACCUGAGCAGCUCUUCCGAGUCAUAUCGGAGCGCGGAUCUGAUCAAGGCUAAGGCAAUCUUCACACAGGAACUCAACUCGUACCGGGAGGCAUGUCGUCUGUUGAAGCAGUCUAUCGAAAAGACACGGGCGUUCUGUCUUGAGCAGGAGAAGAAGGUCAUGGAGAGCAACCCAGACUACAUUCGCGAAUUCCGGGAGAGUAACUCUGACACGAAGGAGUUUAUGAAGGAUCGACUAAAGUUGGUCAAGUCUCACGCGAAACUGGAUACAAGUGUCCAGUUCAGUGGACUCAAAUCGGAGCUUUUGGAGCGACAGCAGGCUUCUCUGGAGGAGCACCUAGACAAGCUGAAGAAGGACAUUGCCAAUCUUGGUCAGCUUGCAUCGGAACUAUCGAAGGAGAAAGUCAAGGUGACGCCAAGGCACGCAGAGCUCAAGCGAAUCGUCGAGCAGGCUACAGCGCGGAGGAGAGCCUAUGCGCAAUGCGACAAGGAGCAACUCAGGAUGCUUACCGAGGCUGUUGACGAACAAGGAACUCAAAUCGAACACUUCAAGUCAGUAAACGAACGAAAGGAGAAAGAGCUUGCAGAGGUCCGGGCCAGGGUCGCACAGUUGCGUUUGUCUGAACAGACAAGCAAGGAGCGUGUUGCGGCUGCAGAAAAGACGAUCCAGGACAAUCAAUAUGUGCGUCCUGAGGAUGUGUCACAGGCCAAAGAUCGACUGAGGAUCAUUCAGGCAACUCAUCGGUGGGAGCCUCUUCGGCCAUCGAGCGAAUCAUUUUCCUCGGCUGCCGGAGGAUCUGCUUUCAUGGUGGCGAAGGCUGGUAGUAGCACUUUGGAGUUUGUGUACGACAAGGCUGUGGUUGUUGUGAUUGAUCCGUCCAAGAUUGGGAAGGACUUGGAGGCAGUCAAGGUGUCUGCGUUUGAGGAGGAGGCGAUGGUAGACUUCGACUUGUCCUUGGCAGAUCAGCCGCGGUUGCUUAUCUCGGCCCUCGCAUGCAAAACACGACCGUCCAUGAAAGAUUAUUUCCCAUUACUCCGCGAUUACACGACCAUGGUGGCGGCCAAGUACAAGUCCGGGACGAAGAUCAGCAAGAUCCUGAGCGACGUGAGUCAGUUCUGGACCAGGAUCUGUCUGAUCCGACGAGAUAUUGAGUUGGUGCGAGCUCACCAUGUGGUAGACCUUGUGGCUGGAUCCGCAGAGAACCUCAAAGAGCUCGAGCUCAACGCAAGUCCACAAGCCAGCAGAAGGAGUCUUCGCCAGGUCGCUCCUGUAGUCCUUUUGGAUAUUCGAGUUCGGUUUACGGGACCCAUUCUUGGUGCUGGUGCGAGGAGGCGGGUUCCUGAGCAGAGUGGUGGUGGUGGCGGUGGUGGAAAGAAGAAUGGCCAUCAGAAUCCGGAGGAGGAGCCUGUCAAGUUUUAUUUGUGGUUUACGUUCACGCUGAGCGAUCUGUUGAGCUUCCCUGGUCCUAAUUCUUUCACAUGGCGCCUCGAGAUUGUUUAUGGCGAUAUCAGCCACGAGCAUGUCGCCCAGGCGGUCAGCCCCUGUGUCAAGAAGGGCGGCUACGAUGUCAUGCGCGAUAUCUGCCUCAAAGUCAACCAGCUUCUCAGAACAUAA